AAAGAUAAGUGUACCUGGUUUUAAUAAGUUGACAAUCAUUUUCACUUUUAUUUCACAAACAAAAGUAUUUACAUCCGAUUCGAAUCAGGUUACAGAAUGACUCAUCGGCAUUGAUAUCUAACCGAGAGAGCCACCACAUCCGGACCCACCCUCGAAGAAACAAAGAAGCCAACCGACCAUGGAGUAUGCGCGCCGUGUGUCCGCUCGCUUUGAAACAAAAAGACUGCCCGAGGACGUGGACGAUGGCCUGGAGACGCUGGAAGAGUACAAGCAGCGAUGGCGGUCCGUCCGCAUCAUUUACUAUACCAUGUUCCUGAUGGCGCUCGGUUUCAGCAUCAUCCUUACCGGCAUAUGGCCCUUUCUCAACAAGCUAGAUCCCGAUGCGGGCAAGGAGUUUAUGGGUCUUAUUGUGGCCGCCAAUCCUCUUGGCCAGAUGAUCUUUAGCCCAAUCUUUGGCUGGUGGGGCAACAGGCUGGGCAAAAUCCGUCUGCCACUGCUCCUCUCACUGUCCCUGUUCACGUUAGCCAGUGCGGUGUACUCCUCGCUGGAACUGCGUCCGGAUAAUGUCAAGUACUGGAUGCUUGGCUCGCGAUUCCUUAUCGGAGUUAGCUCGGCGAAUAUAGCUCUGUGCCGGUCCUAUUUGUCAGCUGCCACGAGGAUUAGUGAACGCACCCACGCCGUUUCCAUGGUGUCUUUGGCUCAGGUCCUCGGAUUUAUUAUUGGCCCAACCCUGCAGGCGGCAGUUACUCCUCUGGGGGAUAAAGGUUAUGUCUGGCUGGGGGGCUAUAUGCACGUCAACAUGUAUACUGCCUCAGGCUGGAUCAACGUCGUGAUGAGCAUCGGCAACUUUAUGAUGUUCCUUCCUGGUGUAUUUGAGGAGCACAAAAUAGCUGCAAGAGAGGUGAUGGUCAUGCAAGGCGGCAUUUCGGAGCGAGAGACUUGGAAGGGCAUCAAACCGAACUAUCUCUCCGCCUGGACUUUGAUCGUUGCAUUCUUUAUUCUCGUCUUCAAUUUUGUACUUCUCGAAACCCUGGGUACUUCCCUGACCAUGGAUAUGUUUGCCUGGUCCAAGGCCGAGUCACUCUGGUAUAUGGGCAUAAUGAUGACAACGGCAGCCAUCGUGUCCCUGGUAACGUUCGUCUUGAUCUCGCCCCUGUGCAAGUUUUUUGCGGAACGCUACUUGCUCAUUUGGGGAGGAUUCUCACUCAUGUUCCUCGGCCGAGUUCUCUUCGUGCCUUGGGGUCCUGAUCCACCGAAGCUGGCGCAGGCCUUCAAUGCCAGCCUCAACUUGCCCGACGACGAUCCCAUUUACUUGGGUUGCCCGCCCACGCAAGAGUGGUGUGGCGAGCUGCCAGCCCUAACGCUGACGCAGUUCAUUAUUGGUUUUGCCUUCACUUCGGUGGGAUAUCCCAUUGGGGUGACCCUCAUUCAAACCAUAUUCUCCAAGGUGCUGGGACCACGACCGCAGGGCGUCUGGAUGGGCUGGAUGACGGGCUCUGGCUGUCUCUCACGAGUCCUGGGUCCCGUGUUUGUGGGCUCCAUCUACACCAGACUGGGCACAUUUUGGACUUUCGGGGUAACCUCCGGCAUGAUGCUCGUCUCUAUGUUUUGGCUUCAAUGCAGCAAUCGAUUGCUUAUCCCACCGACUUUUGAGAAGGCAACACCUGUGGAACUUCAAGAACUGAGCAAGCACAAUGGUGGCAACAAACUGGAUGACGACGACGACGCUGGGGACUCACCUGAGGAAUUAAUUUCCAAAGACCACGGCAGCCAUCACUCCAUUUCCCGGGCGUAGUGGCUGGAGGGACUCUAUCUUUAAGACAAAGUUGCAAUACUGGCUAGCUUUAAAAUACAGGUUUAUUUUUUGCAUAUUUCCGACUG